AUGUGGUUGUUCCUCUACACAGCGGCGUGCGUUGCACUGUCACUCGUGCCAGGCGCAUUCGGCGAGAUCUUCCUGAACAAUGCGACUGAGCCAUUGUCCAGGUUCUUAACGAGACCACAAUCACUGGCUCCAGCACUCAACGUGACCAUCAGCAAGCCCGGACAAGCUGACGGCUUGAUCUUCAUGGGGCCUUACGGCAAUGGCUACAUGGGAGCCGGUCCACGUAUCUACGACAAGCAAGGCAAGCUGGUCUGGGACGGAUAUGGCGUACUACCGGGCAACGCCCACAACGUCCAUGUCUGUACAUAUCAGGGCAGCCCUCACCUGUGCAUGGUGCUUGCCUCGGAUCAGACUGGAUAUGCAGCUGGCAUGGGCGUGAUCGUUGACAGCAACUACCGGAUCGUCCAAACUGUUCAGACUGGACGUGGUGCGAUGCCAGUCGACGAACAUGAGUUUCACCUUGUCGACAAUGGUACCCACGCCCUCGUCUCCUUCUACCAGACUGUUCCUUACGACUUGUCUCCAAUCAACAUUACCACUGGAAUGGGCUACUUGAUGGAGGGAGGUUUCCAGGAGAUCGAUGUCGAGUCUGGAGAUGUCUUGUUCGAGUGGUACUCUACCAACCAUGUGGACAUUCUGGACACCGUCAUCAAGCCCAAUACGUCUGAUGUCUCCGGCACUGGGACGACUGGCACGUCCGGAUUUGACUACUUCCAUGUCAACAGUAUAGACAAGUCUCUGACGACUGGCAACUAUUUGGUCUCGUCACGGCAUACAGGAACGCUGUAUUGCGUCAAUGCGUCGGACCAGAACGUGCUGUGGAGGCUGAGCUUUGUCGGCCCUUCAGACUACACCCUCCGGGGGUUCAACUUCAGCUUCCAGCACGAUGCCAGAUGGGUGAGCGACAACGACGAAAUGAGCGUCAUAUCCUUUUUCGAUAACGCCUUCAAUGGCUUUGGCGACCCUGCAACCGGUGCUUCUGCUACCAUGUCCCCUGGUCAGGUCAUCGCCCUCAACCAUACAGAUAACACCGCCAAGCUCCUGUCUAUCACGUACCCACCAUACAACACGACAUCGCUAUCACAAGGCAACACCCAGCUCCUGGCCAACGGCAACGUCUUCCACGGAUGGGGAGACGUUCCGCAAAUCUCAGAGCACGACGGUGAUGGCAACGUGAUCCUCGCGGCCUCCUUCGCCAACAAGCAAGGCACCAUCAUGAACUACCGAGCCUUCACCUUCGACAACUGGAACAGCACACCCGCCAACACCGUCCCCGCGGUCUACUCCUACGCCCUGAACACCACCGCCCCAACCUCCAUCUACACCUCCUGGAACGGCGCGACGGAAGUCGCAACAUGGCGGUACUAUGGCGCGCAAAACAUCGGCGACAACUUCACCUCGAUCGGCUCGACGCCCAAGAACGGCUUCGAGACGCUGUGGACGGCGCCGGAGUUCUACAGAUGGGUCAUGGCGGAGGCCGUGAGUGCGAGUGGGACGAGUCUGCGGAACUCGAGUUUCCAGCCCACGUUUACGCCUGGCGAGCUGCUCGUGGGGAGUUGUACGGAGACGGGGUGUAAGGCGUUGCCGACGGAGGGGUUUGUUAAUGCGGAUGUUAGUGUUUAUCAAGGGACGAGUUGA